AUGGCUCAGAGUGAUUUCCUCUACCCAGAUAACCCAAGGAGGCGGCAAGAAGUAAACCGUCUGCACCAGCAGCUCCUUGACUGCUUAUCUGACAGCUUCCAUGCCACCAACAAGCUGACUGGGGUUUUAAACACACACUUGGCGUGCAGCCUGGCCGCCAUUGAGAUGAAAAGAGAUGGGACCAUCAAAGAAAACUGCGAUAUCAUCAUUCAAGCCAUGAUGAAAAUCCAAAAGGAACUGCAAAAGGUUGAUGAAGCACUAAAAGAUAAACUAGAGCCAACUCUCUACAGAAAACUUCAGGAUAUUAAGGAAAGGGAAACAGAGAAAAUUGCAAUAGUACAAAAGGUUAUUUCAGUCAUCCUGGGAGAAGCGACUUCUGCAGCCAGUGCAGUGGCUGUCAAACUUGUGGGCUCAAAUGUCACAACUGGCAUAAUUAACAAGUUGGUCACGGUAUUAGCUCAAAUUGGUGCUUCUCUCCUUGGCAGUAUAGGAGUUGCUGUUCUUGGCCUUGGCAUAGACAUGAUCAUCCGUGCCAUCCUGGGAGCAGUGGAGAAAACGCAGCUUCAAGCGGCCAUCAAAAGUUAUGAGAAGCAUCUGGUGGAAUUCAAGUCAGCCUCAGAAAGAUAUCAUCAAGCCAUUACUGAGGUCACCAACACAGUGAAACAUCAAAUGAAAUAA